GCCCAUGUCACUGUGGUCCUAGUGACCCUGGCCACCAUGGACCCCUCCCCUCUUCCUCUGUCCCCUCCCCCUGAGGCCGCUUGGCCAGGUGGUCUGGGCCCCGUUCCCUUCUCUGCGGGCAGGCAGCCCUGUGCCCGGGACAGAUCGCUCCCUGUGUCCACUGGCAUCCAGGCUGGGGAAGGCAGCCAGGAUGAGUUCCACCCGUUCAUCGAGGCGCUGCUGCCUCACGUCCGCGCCUUCGCCUACACCUGGUUCAACCUGCAGGCGCGGAAGCGGAAGUACUUCAAGAAGCACGAGAAGCGGAUGUCGAAGGACGAGGAGCGCGCGGUGAAGGACGAGCUGCUGGGCGAGAAGGCCGAGGUCAAGCAGAAGUGGGCGUCGCGGCUGCUGGCCAAGCUGCGCAAGGACAUCCGGCCCGAGUGCCGCGAGGACUUCGUGCUGGCCAUCACGGGCAAGAAGGCGCCGGGCUGCGUGCUGUCCAACCCCGACCAGAAGGGCAAGAUGCGGCGCAUCGACUGCCUGCGCCAGGCCGACAAGGUGUGGCGGCUGGACCUGGUCAUGGUCAUCCUGUUCAAGGGCGUCCCGCUCGAGAGCACGGACGGCGAGCGGCUGGUGAAGGCGGCGCAGUGCGGCCACCCGGUGCUCUGCGUGCAGCCGCACCACAUCGGCGUGGCCGUCAAGGAGCUGGACCUGAGGGAACGGGACGUCCAUCGUAGUGGGAGAGAUGUGGACCUGGGGCCCCAUGGAGUCUGA